AAUAUAGUCUGCCGUGGAUCGUCGGACCGUUCAGUCUUUUUGUGUCGUUCAGUAUCAUCCGAUUCGUGUGAUCGACAGCAUAGCCGAAUUUUUUUUCUUUUUUUUCUAAUUCCUUGAAGUAACCAAAAACACAAAUCAAAAUGGCUGAUGAUGAGAAAAAGGCAGCAGCUCCGGCCGCAGCUCCAGCGGCGGCGGCCAAACCGGCGGCUCCGGCAGCAGCCCCGGCGGCCAAUGGCAAGGCUGCUCCGGCGGCCAAUGGAAAGGCUGCUCCGGCAGCUGCCGCCGCUCCCGCCGGUCCGCCCAAGGAUCCCAACGACCCCAAAGUGAAGGCCGAGGAGGUACACUUGUAAGGCUAAACAGGCUGAGAUCGAGCGCAAGCGUGCUGAGGUGCGCAAGCGCAUGGAGGAAGCCUCCAAGGCCAAGAAGGCCAAGAAGGGUUUCAUGACCCCAGAGAGGAAGAAGAAACUCAGGUUGCUGCUGCGUAAGAAAGCCGCUGAGGAGCUGAAGAAAGAACAGGAACGCAAAGCGGCUGAACGUAGACGCAUCAUCGAAGAACGUUGCGGCAGUCCCAGGAAUCUCAGCGAUGCCAGCGAAGACACACUCAAAUCUCUGAUCAAGCAACACUAUGACAGGAUUAAUAAAUUGGAGGACCAGAAAUAUGAUCUUGAGUAUGUUGUUAAACGCAAGGAUGUUGAGAUCAACGAUCUCAAUGCCCAAGUUAACGAUCUUCGCGGCAAGUUCGUCAAGCCAGCCCUGAAGAAGGUCUCCAAAUACGAAAACAAAUUCGCCAAGCUGCAGAAGAAGGCCGCUGAGUUCAACUUCCGCAACCAGCUCAAGGUGGUGAAGAAGAAGGAGUUCACGCUGGAGGAGGAGGAGAAGGAGAAGAAACCCGACUGGUCCAAGGGCAAGCCCGGAGAUGCCAAGGUGAAGGAGGAGGUUGAGGCCGAAGCUUAAGUGUCCACACGUCCACUAGUGUCCACUGACCCGUGACUCCCGCCCUAAACAAUAAUUGAAAUUAUUUACAACAAUUAUCUGAAGCAAUAUAAUUUAUAUGAAUCUAUUAAUAUAUAUAUAUAUCCGCAAAUAUAUAUGCAUGUAUAUAUCUCGCCAUAUAUAUGUGUCCACAAUGGAUUUGAUCAGAAAUGAAGUCAAUAAACAACAACAGCAACAACUAAAUUAACUCAAAAUCAAAAUCAAACUCAGACUCAAACUCAAACUCAACUGCUUAUAAAUAAUUCAGAUCAACGAUUCAAAACAACAGCCAAACAUCUGAACGCCUUGAUGAAUUAUUUAUUAUAUUUCAUUAUUUACAAAUUAUAUUUUUUAAUGUAAAUUAAAUUAAAUUAC